AAACUAUCUAGAUUAUGCAGACGUUUUAGUUUCAUUCAAACAGCAAACACGACUCAGUCGCUGUUUGCGUCUUAAUAGUGAAAAACGACUCAUUUAAGAAAAAACUAUAUUGUACUGUCACAUUACAAGCAUCCCGUAAUACCUAGUGAUGAGUUUCAAGUUGUGUAUUAUAGUGAAUCGCUGUACUUUAAAGCCCAACCUGUAUUUAUCUGUGUUAGUGUUAGUUUGCGUCUUAGUUGCGACGUCGAGUUACGCACAAAAUUUGGAUGUGGCGAAAAAAUGUGAAAUAUCGAAGCAUGAUGACAACAACCUAACGCUUAACUGUUCAAGGAGAAAUUUUUACAGUAUCCCACAAUGGCCAUUGGAAAUAAGUCAAGUUACAAAAGAUGGGCAUAUGCUAAUAACGUUCUUCAACAACAGCAUAACCAAAGUGACAGAACUGCCAGCUACUCCUGGCGGCCGGAUAGCUAUCAGCUUCAAGCACAACAGAAUCACUGAUAUCGUAAUGGACGCAUUCCAGAAUUUGGAGCGACUGGUCUACUUGGAUCUCAGCAAGAAUAAAAUAUCAGGGGACGUAUUGAGAACUGAAAUAUUUCGCGGUUCGUACAAUUUUAACAAAUACAAUAAUAUUGCUCUGGAGACUCUAAAUCUUGGACACAACGAAAUACAUUCGCUGGACAGAUAUCUGUUUCAGUAUACGCCGAAUCUGACUCGUCUAUAUCUGAACAAUAAUCCCAUUGAACUGCUCGACCACGUCACCGUCCUUGCAAUAUCGAGCGCUACAAAUUUAGAGGUUCUAGAUUUGUCCCACACAGAUAUAGAUAAUAUUCCGCUGGUAGCAUUCAAAGGUCUAAAGCACUUGCAGCAAAUCGACUUAUCCGGUAACAAGUUCACUACGGUGCCGGAAACCUUGAGCCUAGUCGGCAGCAGUUUGAAGUUUCUGUCCUUCAAUAACAACCCUAUUGUGGAAUUAAACGACGACAGCUUCAUUGGGUUGACCAACUUGAUAGAGCUUGAAGUAGCUGAGAACGACUAUCUAGACGAAGUGAAACGAAGCACAUUCUCUCCGCUAAAAAACUUGAGAGUGCUUCACUUGUGUCAUAAUCGGAAUCUCAGAUACAUAAGUCAUAAUGCUUUCAAAGGUUUGAAAGAUAAGUGGACCUUGAAAGAAGUAUAUUUGGAUGACAAUGACUUGAGUGAAAUAUCACCAGACUUGAUGCCAUGGACCAAGUUAGAUACAUUAGGUAUGACCGGCAACAAUUGGCUGUGCAACUGUGACCUUGCUGACAUUGUCACUCUUCAGGGUGCAGGAGAAAAAUUUAAAACUGGUGAAAGUCCAUAUUGUGCUGCACCUCUUAAACUGAGUGGGGAGUACAUCACAAACAUAACUUUAUCAUUUUGUCCCACAUUCGAUAAAACAUUUUCUAGCAAAAGGAAAUUUAGUAUUACCAAUUUGAAGCCAAAACAAGUACUGUGGAGUAUAUUUGGUGUGGCAAUAGUAGCUUGCAUAGGAAUGGCGAUUGGUUGGUUGGUUAAGAGUGUCAAAAAUAUUUAUAAAAAAAACAGAAAUCAACCAGUACCCUAUAUAAAUUUGAAUUCCAAUUCUUUUGCCUAAUAAUGUACCAUUAAUGAUUAUUUGGUGUCCAGUGGACAUAUUAAAAUUAUUUUCAAUUACUGUAUUGUAUUAUAUCAUUUAUAUAAUGUAUGAUUUAGGUUUUGUUGUAGUAAAGUAAG